AUGAAUCUAAGUCUGUGCAACGUCUCGCUGGAGUGCUGGAGGAGUGGGACAAGUGGAAUCAGCUUGUACAAAUUGUUAGCCUACUCCAAGAAUGUCUGGUUAAGCGACCGCGUGUGGCAAAUUUACCACACUGAGCGCGGUUUUGCAGCAACUAAUAACACAUGCGAGGCCAACAAUGCCGCGCUAAGGCGCGACGUCAGCUUACGCUGCAUACGCAAGGUCGGUGCGUUGCUUGAGUUGUUCUUUGUUCUUUGUCAGGCUGAGAGUGGUCGAGCACAGCAGCUCCAGACAACCCCUGCUUUCGACAGCCGCUGUGCGCGCCGAGCAAACUCGCUGGUCCACACUGGCUUUCUUCGCGAUACUCGACUACGACUUAACAGCAUCUCAUUUCUACUAGGCCAUAACAACAAUAAGGACGAGCGUCAGAUAGGAAAGGUGAUUGCAAUCCCUGCAACCUGGAUCUACGACGUCUUAGCCAAACGCUCCCACGAGGACUUACCUGCCACUGCUCAGUUGGCUGUGGAAACCGCUCGCACGUAGCAGGUUGACACUCCGCCACCCGG